UCCCGAGUCCAGCAAGUUUCCUGUUCUUUUUAGACCGAUGACGCGUUGCAUGGCGUCGUUUGCGCGGCUUAUACUAGUCACAGCUGCAGCUGCAAGCCGCUGUGAUUUUCAAAGAGUUUCGGCGGACUCGUUGACCAAAGGCUUUGCCAAGAUCCACAAUGAGCCAUUGCUCAUCACGGACACUGCUUGGAGCCGCGCCAAUGCUUCGCAGAAAGCUUUUCGCCAGAUCUUUGGUCGACUCCCAGUGCAGUUGACGCGAAAUCUGGAGUUUCAGUCCAGAGUAGGCUCCAAACCAGAAGCCAUCAACAGCACAUUCGGGGCCUGGGUCGAUUCGCUGGCCCAGGGGGACGUGCCCUAUCUUUUCGAGUUCUGUCACCACGCAUUGUGCGAGGAGAUGGAGUCUGCCUAUGGGGUUCCAGAGUUGCUUCAGGAGUCCUCCAUGCGAAUGUAUCUCAGCGCUGGCAAGGUGGCCAAGGGUGUGGCGUUUCAUCAGCACCGUCAGACCUGGGGAUUGUUGCUGGCGGGCAGAAAGGUGUGGUAUGUCGCCCCACCUUUGCAGCUCUCAGUGCCCCCUUUUCGGCAUAAGGAGGAGGCAGAGCUGGAGGGCAUCUCUAGUCUGCAACGCUGUGAACAGGAGGAGGGGGAGGUGGUGUACCUGCCACGGGACUGGUGGCAUGCCACUUUUAAUAAGGCAGACUGGAACUUGGCCAUUGGCGGCCAGGGGCAGAUUGCUGGCAGUGCGUUCCAGGCCAACAGAGGUGAGUUGGAUGCCAAAGCCGUCAAGAAGAUGUCGAAGAUGGAGCGUGACUCACUGCGACGCUCAGCGGUCGAGAAUGGCCACGUUGAUGCGCUGGAGCUGCUGAUAGCGGCCAAGGCUUUGGUGUUCCCGUCACUCAAGGGUUGGACCGCCCUGCACGAUGCUAGCAAGGCGGACGCAGCUGUGCUAGACCUGCUGCUGGAUCAACGAUUGGACCUCAACGCCGCAGAGACGGGAGGCAAGACGGUGGCCCACAACAACCCAAGCAAGGAGGCUCUUGAGCUGUUGCUGCUGAACCGGGCUGACCUUUCUGUGGUAGAUCAAGGGGCCGUGACGGUGGCGCACGAGGCAGCUUUCCGGGGGCAUGUCGGCAGCCUCCAGCUGCUGGCAAAGGCUGGCAUCUCCAGAUCUGAGCCUUGCAGCAACGGGGCCACCCCCGCACACUUCGCGGCCGCGGAAGGGCAUGCCGCGGUGCUGCGGGAGUUGCUGUCCAGCCGGGUGGAUCUGACGAAGCCCGACUUUGCGGGGGGAUCUUUGGCGCACCACGCGGCCUCGCAGGGCCACCUGCCGGCCCUUCGGCUGCUCCUGGACGAGGGGCUGCCGUCGGGCGCCGAUCAGUUUGGCCGCACGCUGAUGCAUGAGGCCGCCGCCUCGGGCGUGGGCCAAGUGCUCACGGAGCUGCGGGCCCGGGGCUUCGGCGCGGAUGCGCGGGGGGCGCAGAUGGCGGCAGAGGGCGGCCACGUGGCGGUGCUGAAGCAGCUUGCAAGCUGGGGUGUGGACGUGAAGAGUGUGGAUAGAGGCUCCGUGCACAGCUCUGAAGUGCUUGAGUUCCUGCACGGCUCCGAGCUUUGAUUCGCACGGGAACA